GGAGAAGACUUCUCCAUGGCAACCCGACGAUCUCCGUCGUCCUCCUCCUCCUCCUCCUCAUCUGGUCAGGGUUAUGAAAUAUUCCUCAACUUCAGUAGUAUAGAUACUCGCAACACCUUUACCAGCCACCUCUACAAUGCUUUGGAUGCUGCCGGAAUUCAUACUUUCAUGGACGACGUUCAACUCCGCACCGGGGAGGAGAUCGGCCCAGAGUUACUCUCUGCCAUCCAGCGGUCGAGAAUCUCUAUCCCCAUCUUCUCCAAGAACUACGCUUCGAGCAAAUGGUGCCUCAAGGAGCUCGUCGAGAUCGUUGAGUGCAAGAAAACCUUGAAUCAAGAUGUCCUGCCCAUCUUCUACCAUGUUGAUCCCGCCAACGUCCGUCACCACACUGGGACCGAUGCGGAGGCUCUUCAGGAACACGACAAGAAUGUCGAUCAGAGGAUCAUUGACGAGUGGAAAAAGGCUCUCACAGAGGUUGGGGGAUUGAAGGGAUGGGAUUUGAAGAACAUCGAUGGAGGGAAUGAAGGGACAUUAGUAAAAUUAGUUGUUGCAACAGUUUCCACUGAAUUGGAAAAAGACUCCCUGAUUGAUUCUGAUGACCUACUUGGAAUCCAAUCUCAUGUAGAAAGAAUGAUGAACUUAUUAAACAUUAAACCAGAUGAUGUAAAGAUUAUGGGAGUAUGGGGGCUAGGUGGGAUUGGCAAGACACCCAUUGUCAAUGUUGUCUACAAUGAAAUCUCACGUCACUUUGAGGGAUGUAGUUUUUUUGAAAAUAUUCGAGAGACUUCACUUAUCACUUUGAAAAAAGAUUUUGCAAUGAAAAGAAAAUUCUCAAUUUGCGGAGAAGACUUCUCCAUGUCACCCCGACGAUCAUCAACUUCUUCCACCUCAUCUGGUCGGAGUUAUGAAGUAUUCCUCAACUUCAGGGGUAUAGAUACUCGCAACACCUUUACCAGCCACCUCUACAAUGCCUUGGAUGCUGCCGGAAUUCACACUUUCAAGGACGACGUUGAACUCCGCACUGGGGAGGAGAUCGGCCCAGACCUACUCUCUGCGAUCCAACAGUCCAGAAUCUCUAUACCCAUCUUCUCUAAGAACUACGCUUCAAGCAGAUGGUGCCUCAAGGAGCUCGUCGAGAUCGUUAAAUGCAGGAAUACAAUGAAUCAACUUGUCCUGCCCAUCUUCUACCAUGUUGAUCCCGCGGGCGUCCGUCACCACACUGGGACUUGUGCGGAGGCUCUUCAGGAACACAACAAGAGUGUCGAUCAGAGGAUCAUUGACGAGUGGAAAAAGGCUCUCACAGAGGUUGCGGGAUUGAAGGGAUGGGAUUUGAAGAACAUCGAUGGAGGGAAUGAAGGUACAUUAGUAAAAUUAGUUGUUGCAGCAGUUUCCAGUGUAUUGGAAAAAGACUCCCUGAUUGUUUCUAAUGACCUAAUUGGAAUCCAAUCUCAUGUAGAGAAAAUGAUGAAUUUAUUAAACAGUAAAUCAGAUGAUGUAAAGAUUGUGGGAGUAUGGGGGCUAGGUGGGAUUGGCAAGACAACCAUUGCCAAUGUUGUCUACAAUGAAAUCUCACGUCACUUUGAAGGAUGUAGUUUUCUUGAAAAUGUUCGAGAGACUUCACUUAUCGAUUUGCAAAAUCAACUUCUCUCUGAAAUACUGGAAGGAGUAAGAUUCAACAUCACUAAUAAAGGCAAAGGAAUUAACAUGAUCAAAGAAAGACUUCACAAGAAGAAAGUUCUUAUUAUUCUUGAUGAUGUGGAUAAAAAAUCUCAAUUAGAUGCAUUAGUUGGGAAGUGUGAUUGGUUUGGUUUGGGAAGUAGGAUUAUAAUCACAACAAGAAAUGAGCAGAUCUUACUUCAUCAUGAAGUGGAUGAGAUCUAUGAGCCCCCUCAAAUGGGUGCAAAACAAUCUCUUCAACUAUUUUCCAGGUGUGCCUUCAAAGGAGACCAAAUACCGGAGGACUAUCUAGAUCUCUCAAAAAACAUCGUUAAGGAGGUUGGAGGUCUUCCCUUAGCUCUUGAGGUUAUAGGUUUAUCUUUAUUUGGCAUGGAAAAAUCAUUUUGGCAAGAGACACUGGAGAGGCUGCAAAAUCAUAUUCUUGAUGGUGAAAUUUUUGAAAAGUUGAAAAUAAGUUUCGAUGGAUUGACGUAUUGUGAGCAACAAAUAUUUCUUGAUAUUGCAUGCUUUUUCAAUGGAAUAGAUAAAAAUAUUGCAUGUUUGAUAUGGAAACAACGUAAGUAUUACCCUGACAAAGGACUUAAGGUUCUCCGCCAAAAGUCUUUGGUGAAGAUUGGUGAAAAUGAUGAACUAAAGAUGCAUGAUCAGCUUAGAGAUCUUGGAAAGGAAAUCAUUCGUCAAGAAAACCUUAAGAUGCCCGGAAGGCGUAGUAGGUUGUGGUCACACGAGGAAGCCUUGUAUGUAUUGGAGAAACACUUGGGAACGGAUAAAGUUGAAGGGCUCUGCAUUGACUUCGGAGGUAGUUCAGGAAACCAACACUAUUUGAUGAGUGAAGGAUUUACUAAAAUGACUGAACUUAGGUUACUCCAAGUUGAUUAUGCACACUUUGCUCCAGACUUCAUGCCUUCUUUCUCAGAACUGAUAUGGCUUAGAUGGAAAGGAUGCCCUGCAGAAUUUACGUUAAUGGAAUUUCAUCCAGUGAACCUAGUUGUUCUUGAUCUGUCAUAUAGUGUCGUCACAAAUUAUUGGAUGGGUUGGAACGACAUUAAGGUGGCAAAAAAUCUAAAAGUUCUGAAUCUAACAGGGUGUCGAUACCUAUUAAAGACUCCUAAACUAGCCAAUUGUCGUUUGGAGGUCUUGAUUCUUGAAAACUGUGAAAUAUUGGCUAAAAUUGAUGAAUCUUUCAAUUAUCUUGGCAGCCUAGUCAAAUUGAAUAUGAGGGGAUGCCCGAAACUAAGGGAUCUCCCAUAUGGCAUCUGGGGGUUAAGUUCAAUCAAAAUCCUCAACUUACAUCAAUGCGAAGGACUUGACAAGUUACCUGAUUCCAUAGGUCUUUUGGAAAAGCUGGAGACUUUGGAUGCCAGCUUUUGUUAUAUAAAGGAUGGGGGAAUUCCGAAUGAAAUAGGCUUUCUACCCUCUUUGAAAAUCUUGAGACUCGGUGGAAACGAUUUUCAAAGCCUACCCAUGACACUUUCUAAACUUUCCUUGCUCCAAACACUUGAUUUACGGUUCUGCAACAAACUAAAGUCGCUCCCUGUGUUGGUGGGGUUGAGAAAUUUAGAGAGAUUGAUUGUUGAUAAUUGUCAGAGCUUAACAGAGAUUGAAGGCCUCGAAGGGUUGGACUCCCUAGAGCUGUUAGAGAUGAUGAACUGCAGAUCAUUAAGAAAAAUUGGGAAAAUAUCCGGCUUGGGAAAACUGAAGGAAUUAAAACUCAAGGAUUACUCAAUGUUAUUUGAGAUUGAGAGCCUUGAGGGACUGGAUUCCUUGGAGUUGUUGAUGAUGGAAAACUGUGAAUCACUAAGGAAAAUUGGGAAACUAUCCAAUUUGAGAAAACUGAAGGAAUUAAGUCUCUGGAGCUGCAAGAAUUUACUUGAGAUUGAGGCCCUUGUGGGAUUGGAUUCCUUGAAGUAUUUAAUUGUUGGCAUGUGCACAAAUCUGACGAAGAUUCAAGGCCUCGAUCGAUUGGAAUCCUUGGAGAUAUUGGAUUUGGGGUUGUGCUCGUCUAUGGAAAGAUUACCAGAUCUCUCCAACUUGAGAAACUUGAAGCAUUUAAAUGCUCGCGAGUGCAAAAAACUAACGGAGAUUCAAGGCCUCGAUAGAUUGGAAUCCUUGGAGAUAUUGGAUUUGGGGUGGUGCUCGUCUAUGGAAACAUUACCAGAUCUCUCCAACUUGAGAAACUUGAAGCAUUUAAAUGCUCACGAGUGCAAAAAACUAAUGGAGAUUCAAGGCCUCGAUCUAUUGGAAUCCUUGGAGAUAUUGGAUUUGGGGUGGUGCCCGUCUGUAGAAAUAUUACCAGAUCUCUCCAACUUGAGAAACUUGAAGCAUUUAAAUGCUUGCCAAUGCAAAAAACUAACGGAGAUUCAAGGCCUCGACAGAUUGGAAUCCUUGGAGAUAUUGGAUUUGGGGUGGUGCUCGUCUAUGGAAAGAUUACCAGAUCUCUCCAACUUAAGAAACUUGAAGCAUUUAAAUGCUCGCGAGUGCAAAAAACUAACGGGGAUUCAAGGCCUCGAUAGAUUGGAAUCCUUGGAGAUAUUGGAUUUAGGGUGAUGCUCGUCUAUGGAAAGAUUACCAGAUCUCUCCAACUUGAGAAACUUGAAGCAUUUAAAUGCUGAGUGCAAUAAAAUAAUGGAGAUUUAAGGCCUCGAUCGAUUGGAAUCCUUGGAGAUAUUGGAUUUGGGGGGGUGCCUGUCUAUGGAAAGAUUACCAGAUCUCUCCAACUUGAGAAACUUGAAGCAUUUAAAUGCUCGCGAGUGCAAAAAACUAACGGAGAUUCAAGGCCUCGAUAGAUUGGAAUCCUUGGAGAUAUUGGAUUUGGGGUGAUGCU